GCUUUCAUAGUCAAACAAGACUCGGCAGACUGUUACUAGUAGAGAGCGUCGCUUGUUGAGAUUUGACACAUUUUAUAACAUGGAUGAACCGGGAAGUGGUGGGAAUGUGGUUCGUUACUACUGCACGGCCGGUAACGGUAUGGAGGCUUUUUUAAUCAACGAGGUGAAGACGAAGCUAGCGGCUGAAGACGUGUGUCAAAUUCCAGGUAAAGUGUUAUUCAGCUCUUCUGCAAAGAUCAGCAGAGUUAGUAACCUGAAGGGUGCAGAGAGACUCUUUCUUCUGUUGAAACAAGACUCGCCGGUGAGUCUGUCUGCCCACACCAGCACAGCAAAGGCAGCCUCUGCGCUACAGUCCAGACUGUUGGGUGACAAGAAUCAGUGGACCAGUGCUGUAAUGACAUGGAGUCGACUGCAGGGGGAGCUGACAGGCAGCAAAAACACCGUCAAAACAUCAAGCCCUGCCCUGGGAGUGACAAGGAAGAGGGAGGAUGAGAUGAGAGGGAGUGACGAACAGAGCAGAGAGGGGGAGAAGAGCCUUGUAGAGUUUAGAACAAGUACAGGAGGGGAGAGGAAGGAGGAGAUUGACAAACAGAGAAGUGGUGGACAAAAUGGAGUAUCCACAAUGGCACAGAAGAGAAAGAGGGAUGAUGAGGAGGAGAAGGAGAGGAAAGUGGCAGCUUGGGACACAGGUAUUGAGAAGACUGUAGAAAAGGGGAAGGCAUGUGAGGAAGAAAGGACGAGAGAGGAAGAAGCAGAGGGGAUGUUAGUGGAGUUUAUCGACUGUACACAUGGAGCAGACGUCAAUGGGGGAGGACCAGUUUGUGACCACACAGCAUCCAGGCUGGAGCACCGUGGAGCAAGUAGCAGCAGGAAGAUGGAUGACAUAGCAAAGGAUUUCUCUGAAGAAAGUCAGGAAAAUGUGAAGACCACUGGAGAAAAAAAUAAGACGCUGCUGACAACCUGUGAGGAUAAACCAGAGCUGCUUUCCUGUAUCCCGGUCUCCUUUAGGAUCAGCUGCAAAUGUUCUGGAUCUCUGUCGCGAUGCUUGGGCGCACAGGAGGUGAGCAGAGUGAUUGGAGCAGGUCUGAGCAGACUGCUGGGCUGGAAGGCUGACCUGAAGAAUCCACAGUUGGAGAUAAAUGUCCAUUUGAGUGAUGACUACUGCCUGCUCGGGAUCCCACUGACCAGGUUGCCUCUUGCCAACCGGAGCUAUAUAAAAAUCACAGGACUAAGGUCUACAACAGCCUGGGCCAUGGCCUCACUGGCUCAUAUACAGCCAGGCUUCCGUGUGGUUGACCCAAUGUGUGGGGUGGGGACCAUCUUAAUAGAAGCUGCACAAGAACAUCAGGAUGCCUGUUUCCUGGGUGUGGAUAUUGAUGAAGCACAGCUGCAGAAGGCCAGUGAGAACAUAGCAUUUGCUGAGUUGGAAAACAGAAUAAACCUGCUGAAAGCGUCGUCUCUGGUACUGCCUGUGCCCAGUGCCACUGUAGACGCUGUGAUCUGUGACCUGCCAUUUGGCAGGAAGUUUGGCUCCAGAAUAGACAUGGCUGCCAAUUUGCCACUCAUCCUGACAGAGAUGGAGAGAGUUCUCCGUCCUGGUGGUAUCCUGGUGCUCCUCCUGAGUCCUCAGUUGUCCUGUAUACUCAAAAAACUUCUAAUACAAUAUGAUACUGGACCAACAUCUAACCCUGAAACAAAGCCUCAGACUGGGAUGCAAAACUGCCCAUCUUCUUCCGGAUCUCCUUCUAAGAAGCAGACUUUCCAAAUCCACUCUGGGGUCAAAUCCUCACCAAGCCAAGAAACCAAGCUUCAACACAGUCUGCCUUUCACUGUGUCCUCAUUGAAGCAUCAAGCUACUUUCAGAGUCAGCUUAGGAGCAAUAGAUGGACUUAUUCAUAAAUAUGUCAAAACAGACUGUUGUGUUUUCAGGGACGUUAUGUUUUAAGGCACUUGGUUUGAUUUUCUUUGUUGCUAACAUGUAAAAAAAAAAAAAGUGGCCAUGUUGAAAUACGACUGUUUUUUAACUGCUCUGUAACAUGUUUUGGUUUGCUUACAAUUUUUUAAUUGUAAAUGAGAUUUUCAUGUAUUUAAAAUGUGUUUUUGGAAGCAGCUGAGAAAUUAUUUUUG